GACAGCGAUGAUGACGAGGAGGUGGUGCAGGUGGACCGGGACCACUUCAUGGACGAGUUCUUCGAACAGGUGGAGGAGAUCAGAGGCUGUAUAGAAAAGCUGUCGGAGGAUGUGGAGCAGGUGAAGAAGCAGCACAGCGCCAUCUUGGCCGCCCCGAACCCUGACGAAAAGACCAAACAGGAGCUGGAGGACCUGACAGCGGACAUCAAGAAGACCGCCAAUAAAGUCCGCUCAAAAUUAAAAGCAAUCGAGCAGAGCAUCGAGCAAGAGGAGGGUCUCAACCGCUCAUCAGCAGACCUCAGGAUCCGCAAGACACAGCACUCGACCCUGUCCCGUAAGUUCGUGGAGGUGAUGACUGAGUACAACACCACGCAGUCAAAGUACCGCGACCGCUGCAAGGACCGCAUCCAGAGGCAGCUGGAGAUCACUGGGAGAACCACCACCAAUGAAGAACUAGAGGACAUGUUGGAGAGUGGCAAGCUGGCCAUCUUCACGGAUGAUAUCAAGAUGGACUCUCAGAUGACCAAGCAGGCCCUGAACGAGAUCGAGACCCGGCACACCGAGAUCAUCAAGCUGGAGAACAGCAUCCGCGAGCUGCAUGACAUGUUCGUGGACAUGGCGAUGCUGGUGGAGAGCCAGGGGGAGAUGAUCGACAGAAUCGAGUACAACGUGGAGCACUCCGUCGACUAUGUGGAGCGAGCCGUGUCCGACACCAAGAAGGCCGUGAAGUACCAGAGCCAAGCCCGCAAGAAGAAGAUCAUGAUCAUCAUCUGCUGUGUCAUCCUGGGCGUGGUGCUGGCCUCAACCAUCGGCGGCACGCUGGGCUUCUAAGAGGCUCCGCCCCCCCGCCCGCCGCCAUGGAAACCGACACCGACGACCGUCCGACCGCCAGCAUAGAAACGAAACACGACGACGACGACACAAAAGACUUGAAACACAAAUGCAAGACAGAUAACCAAUCAGCUAGGAGCUAGAAGCUAGAAGCUAGGAGCUAGAAGCCCAAUCACAGAGAGAGGAGACGCAGUGGGGUCCGAAAGACAAAGACAAAAAAACAACAAAGACGCCAUCACACUAUAGCCGACCUAAAUACAUCACGUAUUAAAAGAAGAACAAAUAAACCUAUUUACUACAGAUGUGCUGAACAUAUGACGCAACACCUCGCUACCUGUCAGGAGGAACACCUGUAGACCACCUGUAGACCACCUGUAGACCACCUGUAGACCACCUGAGCUGGUUUAUUUGGCCUUCAUUUUCUUCUUUUUUUAACAAUUCCUUUAGU